UAGCUUCAUGGAAUUGACUCCACGCUCUCCAGCUGUUUGAGAAAUCGAACCUGCGAAACUCCAACCCUGUAAAAAUGAUUCCAAAGCCACUGCGCACCUUGUGCACAGUUGCUGCCGCACUCGUCGGCGGAUUUUUCACACUGAAUUUGGCUUCCACUGCCACUAUUGGAGCGCUUCGGUUGGCCACCGAAUCCAAAAGGAGAAAGAUUGCGCUGCCUUGUGGGGUUUGUAGAGGGAAAGGGUUUUACAUAUGCAAGCUAUGCAAAGGGAAUAAUACCAUUGAAUGGUCGCCUCUGUAUGACCCAAUUGCCAUCAACCCCUGUCUUUGCCCAACCUGCGAUGGAAAUGGGAUACAACGCUGUCUGAAUUGUGUAGGGAAGGGAUACAAUUGAGUUGUGAAAGAGGCAGAAUGUACUUUUUAGUUCUCUAGUUUUUGAUAUCAUAAUCGUGUAAUAUGUCUCGUAUCAUCCAUCCACUAAACCUUGUAUCAAUUAUUAAUUUGUCUUAGCCUUUUGAGAUUAUAAAUCAACAGGAUAACCCCCUCAACAUGCAGUCACUACGUCUAUCAAAAACUGGUUUGAGAUUUGACCUAAUAAGCUUUUGCAAGAAAAGAGAAAAGAGUAGGCCGAGAACACUUGAGAAAUCUAGAUUGUUGUGUGUAUAUGAAAUUAAACUUGUUGAGGGUGAAAUCCUUGAAAGUUGAAACUUGUAUACGAUUGUAAUUUGCAGGAAUUGUACAAGUGCGUAAUUAUAUUUA